CGCCAGCUCCGCAGACUGAACAGGCAGCUUGCUGACCCUUGGUUACGCCCGAAUACGAUACAAAUCGUCUUGGCACAACGCAUACUUGACGCCCAACCACAGCGAGAGGCGAAACCACCAGCACUUGGGCUCAAACGCUAAGAGAGCAUAGCGAUGCUGCACGUCUUCCUGCGCCGAGCCGCGCAGCGCGCUGCAAGACGACGGCGACACUUGUCCACGAAGUCGCCAAGACGACAGCAGUCCACGAAGCCGCCGACGCGCCGGCAGUCCGUCGCGCCGCAGCUCGCCGUCCUCGAGGACGACUUCUUGGAACAGCAGACCUACUACCAGCCCACGGCUACGGAGGCCAUCCAGCACCAGGUCGAAAUGAUCGACGAGGAGGAGCAGGAGCUCCAACGGUACAACGAACUUUACAGGAGACAGAUCGAGACCGAGGAGGAGUGCCUCGAGAAGGCGUCGGCGGACUACGCGGCGAUGGUCGACGAGCUCAUGGCGCUCGGCAAGGGCGCCGAGCUCAAACCGGUCCAGGCGCUGGUUGCGUCGUGGUACGAGCCGCUCGUCGACGUGAUUGUCGAGGAGCGGAACAACGCGCUGGCGGGCGCGAAGUCUCCGGACCUGAAGAUCUAUGGACCACUCCUGCUGUUGUUACCACCGGAGCAAUUAGCUGUGCUGACGAUGCAUCAUGUGCUCGGCCACUGCCUCAAGCACGGCGAGCCCGGUGCCAAAUAUUCUUCUCUCGUGACGGCGUUGGGCGAGGCGAUCCAGGUCGAAGCACGAGUUUUGCGAGUAAGGCAGCAACGGCGGCGGCACCUCGCGUCUCGACGGGGCGAGAGCGACGAGCUCGCAAACGAGGAGGCGAAGGAGGCCCUCAAGGCGAAAUUGGGUCGGGGGCGCUUCCUCGACGCGAAGGCACUGGCUCGAUUACCGCAGCACGUCGUCAACGCGCGGGCGAAGAAAGCCUUGGAGGAGGACGAUGCGGACGACGCGGACUGGCCGACGAUGACGCGGGCGAAGCUGGGAGGCGUCUUAGUGACGCGGUUCUUAGACGUUGCUGUUGAUAACGAAGGGAAUCGACUGUUCGAGCACGACGUGGUCGUGAAACUGAAGCGGAAGGUCGGCGUCGUACGCGCGUCGAAGGAGCUCCUGCAGCGCGCCAGAGGCGACCCGAUCAUGCUCCAGUGGGCCGCGACGCCGCGGUUCCUCCCGAUGUUGGUGGAGCCGCGGCCGUGGCGCGGCUUCCAGAAGGGCGGCUUUUUGAGGUUACGAGCCGCGGCGAUGCGUACGCAUGGGUGUGAUGUGCAAAGAGAGGCGUUCCUGCGAGCGAACCGGGGUUUGGCCGACGGCGUCCUGGCGGGGCUGGACGCCAUGGGCCGCGUGCCGUGGUCCAUCAACGGUCCCAUCCUGGACCUGGUCCAGGAGGCCUGGCAGCAGGGCGGGACGUGGCCCGAUUUACCUUCUUUACAUGACUUCGAGAUCCGCGAGUACGAGGGCGACGAUCCCGAGGCGAAGGAAUUGCACGGGAGGCGCAACGCCAAAUUGCGACGGAAGAACGCGGAACUGCAUUCUUUAAGAUGUGACACGACCUUAAAGCUAGACAUCGCCGAACGCUUUCGAAACGACGCGUUCUACUUUCCGUACAACGUGGACUUCCGCGGGCGGGCCUAUCCUUUGCCACCUAAUUUAAACCACCUCGGCAGCGACGUGUGUCGCGCGGUCUUGCAAUUCGCGGAACCGAAGCGGUUAGGUGACGACGGGUUGUAUUGGCUCCGCGUGCACCUCGCGAACUUGUUCGGCCUCGCGAAGCGAUCCUUGGAGGAGCGGCACCAGUUCGCUCUCGAUAGACACGCGGACAUUCUAGAUAGCUUCACGAAUCCGAUGCGUGGGAAGCAGUGGUGGCUCGAGGCCGAGGAGCCCUGGCAGGCGUUGGCGUGCAUCUGUGAGUUAGGAAGAGCGUCGCUGCUCGAGGACCCGCGGGACCACUUAUGUGCUUUGCCGGUGCAUAUGGACGGUUCGUGUAACGGGUUGCAGCACUACGCGGCACUCGGGCGGGACCGCGAAGGCGGGAAGCAGGUUAAUCUCAUCCCGGGAGACGAGCCGCGCGAUGUCUACGAGGGCGUGCGCGCGCUAGUGGCUCAAAAGGUUGCGGCAGACGCGAGGUCGUGGGUGACGCCGUCACCACCCGAGGCGUUCGGCGUCUCCCUGGAAGAAGACCCUCAUGAUGAGGGGAUGCUAUCACCGGAGGAGGCCGCGCGGGAGGAGAUCGCGCGAGCCGCCCAGGACGAGAUCGAGCGAAGUAAGUCGCGACGCGGCGAGACCGAGAAGGAGGCGGCGGUGCGGCGGGCGCAGAUCGUCGACGGUCUCGUCAGUAGGAAGGUCGUGAAGCAGACGGUCAUGACGAGUGUGUAUGGUGUCACCUUCGUCGGCGCGCGGCAGCAAGUCUUGGCGCGGCUACAGGACGUCGUCGAGGACUUGCUCACGCAUCCGGAAGACAACGCCGAAGAAAUUGCGAGGCUGACGGAGCUCGGCGCCAUCACGCCGGACGGCGACGCGGACGACGACGAACUCUACCACUGCGCCUGCUACGUGGCGUCGUUGACGCUGGAGGUUUUGGAGGAGUUAUUUACGAGCGCCAGGCAGCUUAUGGCCUGGAUGGCGCAGUGUGCUCGCUUAGUAGCUCAACAUGAUCAGCCCGUCAGCUGGAUCACACCCUUAGGUUUACCUGUCGUGCAACCGUAUAGAAGGGACGGGCAGCACGCAGUUAGGACACUGGCUCAAACCGUGGUGCUCGUCGAUCAUUCCGAUAAACUACCGGUCUCGGUAACGAAGCAGAAGAGCGCUUUUCCUCCGAAUUACGUCCACUCAUUAGAUAGUACCCAUAUGCUCAUGACUGCCAACGAGAUGGACCAUCGCGGUCUCAGAUUUGCCGCCGUCCAUGAUAGUUAUUGGACGCACGCGUGCGACGUACCAGUGAUGAACGACACGUUGCGAAGGCAGUUUUUGGCGCUGUACGAAGAGCCGCUGCUCGAACAAUUACUGGAGUCCUUCCAACUGCGGUACCCAGGCGUCGAGUUCCCACCACUGCCUCCCCGGGGCGACCUGGACGUGACGGAGGUCCUGGCGGCGGACUACUUCUUUUCCUAAGAUGUUGUGUUUU